CACUAAGUGUGACCGUAUCAAGAAACUUCUGCGUAUAUUAAAUUCAUAGUGCAACAAUUCGUCAAUAGUUUGAAAUAAUCUAUUUGCGUUCAAACGCAUCAGAAAGAACGCAUCAUGGGAAAGAAAAACAAAUAUAAGGAGUCUGCGAAGCCAGAGGCUGCACCACAUCAACCACAACAAAAAGAUGCUGGUACGUCGGGUGCCCAAACCGCUGGAGUCACGUCCACUCCCACUCCAUCCACAAGCUCCGCCGCUUCUGGCUCUCAACAACAGCAGGGAGGAUGGCAAAAACAGGACGGAAACCAGCAGCGUCCUCAGUCCGGCCAAGGUUGGGGCGGUCAACAGAGGGGAUCGCAACAGCAACCAGGCGGACACCAACAAGCACAAGGGCAAUACCGUGGUCCGACACAACAAUCCCAAUCCCAAGGUCAGUUCCAAAGGGGAUCGCAACAGCAACCAGGCGGACACCAACAAGCACAAGGGCAAUACCGUGGUCCGACACAACAAUCCCAAUCCCAAGGUCAGUUCCAAAGGGGAUCGCAACAGCAACCAGGCGGACACCAACAAGCACAAGGGCAAUACCGUGGUCCGACACAACAAUCCCAAUCCCAAGGUCAGUUCCAAAGGGGAUCGCAACAGCAACCAGGCGGACACCAACAAGCACAAGGGCAAUACCGUGGUCCGACACAACAAUCCCAAUCCCAAGGUCAGUUCCAAAGGGGAUCGCAACAGCAACCAGGCGGACACCAACAAGCACAAGGGCAAUACCGUGGUCCGUCACAACAACAGGGUGGCAAUCAGUCACGUCCUCAGGGUCAGCAAGGACAGUUCCAAAGAGCCCAAGGAAGCGCGUCUCUGCCACCUCUUCCAGCAGGCACCAUGAAGCGUGGAACUUUGGGGAAACCAGGACAAGUAUCUGUCAAUUAUCUCGACGUUAACUUGGAUAAAAUGCCAGCGGUGGCCUAUCACUACGACGUGAAGAUCACGCCAGAGCGCCCUAAGAAGUUCUAUCGUCACGCCUUUGAGCAGUAUAGAAUUGAGCAUUUGGGCGGUGCGAUUGCCGCAUAUGAUGGACGUGCAUCGUGCUACUCAGUUGUGAAACUAGAAUGCAGCUCCCAGGGCCAUGAAGUAAAAGUAACAGAUCGCCAUGGGCGUACAUUGAAAUACACCCUAGAAAUAAAGGAAACAGAGGACUCGGAAGUUGAUUUGAACUCACUGAGAAGCUACAUGAAGGAUAAGAUUUAUGACAAGCCCAUGCGAGCCUUGCAGUGUCUGGAGGUUGUGUUGGCGGCCCCCUGUCAUAACAGUGCUAUACGCGCCGGCCGCUCUUUCUUCAAAAGGUCUGAUCCCGGAAAUGCUUGUAAUCUUGGCGACGGCUACGAAGCUCUGGUUGGACUCUAUCAAACUUUCGUGCUUGGCGAUCGUCCGUUUGUCAAUGUGGAUAUAUCCCACAAGUCCUUUCCGAUGGCCAUGUCGAUCAUUGACUAUAUAGAGCGGUAUCAGCGGCAGAGAAUUGAUAAGAGCACAAAUCUUGACUACAAGCGUUAUGAUAUCGAAUCAUUCCUAAAGGGAAUUAAUAUAAUUUACGAGCCGCCUGCCUGUUUUGGCAGCGCUCCUCGCGUCUUCAAAGUCAACGGGCUUUCCAAGGUUUCAGCAAGCUCACAGAUAUUUGAUCUGGAUGGGAAAAAAACGACCGUUGCAGAGUACUACAAAUCUCGGGAAUAUAAUUUAAAGUUUCCAAACCUUCUAUGCUUGCAUGUUGGUCCGCCGUUGAAAUACAUUUAUUUGCCUAUCGAACUAUGUCGCAUUGAGGAUGGUCAGCCCCUGAAUCGCAAGGAUUCUGCAAAUCAGGUGGCGGCCAUGAUUAGGUAUGCUGCCACAUCCACCAACGAGAGGAAGGCCAAGAUCAUCCACUUGCUUGAAUAUUUCAAGCACAAUUUAGAUCCGACCAUCAGUCGCUUUGGUAUUCGCCUGGACAACGACUUCAUUGUGGUUCAUACACGUACCCUCAAUGCACCUCAGGUGGAGUACAAAAACAAUUCGACUUCGGUGAGGAACGGUUCGUGGCGCAUGGAUCGCAUGCAAUUCCUUGAUCCCAAGCCGAAGCCACACAAAUGGGCCAUACUUUACGGUAAGAUGCAGUACAAUCAGGUGGCCGAUUUUCAAGAAAUGGUUAUUCGUCAGAGUCGCAUCGUCAAUGUUUGCCUUGAUGCAAAGGCCGAGAUUCGGAUGUACAAGGAUGAACGUGACCUAGAUGCUCAUUUCCAGGAUUUCAAACGAAAUCAAUAUGAUUUGGUGUUCGUUAUUAUACCGAAUUUCGGGGCCUUCUAUGAUACCGUGAAGCAAAAGGCUGAGCUGCAGUAUGGCAUUCUCACACAAUGCAUCAAGCAGAUCACAGUCGAACGUAAAUUGAACACGCAGUGUAUUGGCAACGUUCUACUUAAGGUCAAUUCAAAGCUGAACGGCAUCAAUCACAAGCUAAAGGACGAUCCUCGCACUGUGAUAAAGAAUGCUAUGUUUUUGGGCGCCGAUGUGACUCAUCCAUCGCCCGAUCAGCGAGAAAUCCCCAGUGUUGUGGGAGUGGCCGCCUCCCAUGAUCCAUAUGGGGCUUCAUAUAAUAUGCAAUAUCGCUUGCAACGCUCUGCCCUGGAGGAGAUCGAGGACAUGGAGUCGAUAACCCUUGAGCACUUGCGUGUUUAUCAUCAGUUCCGGAAAUGUUAUCCCGAGCACAUUGUCUAUUAUCGUGAUGGUGUCAGCGAUGGUCAGUUCCCCAAGAUCAGAAAUGAAGAGCUGAGGGGUAUUUCUGCGGCCUGCUGCAAGAUGCACAUUAAGCCCAAGAUUUGCUGCGUGAUUGUGGUUAAACGGCAUCAUACCCGCUUCUUUCCAAACGGAGGUCCUUCGCAAUUUAACAAGUUUAACAAUGUUGAUCCAGGAACCGUCGUCGAUCGAACCAUUGUCCAUCCAAAUGAGAUGCAGUUCUUUAUGGUCAGCCAUCAGUCCAUUCAGGGGACGGCCAAGCCGACGCGUUACAAUGUAAUUGAGAAUACUGGCAACUUAGAUAUUGAUCUACUGCAGCAAUUGACAUACAAUCUUUGUCACAUGUUUCCACGAUGCAACCGCGCAGUGUCUUAUCCGGCUCCGGCAUAUUUGGCUCAUUUGGCUGCGGCACGUGGCCGUGUCUAUCUGACUGGCGCCACCAAGUUCCGUUCUCCCCAAGAGGAGUACGCAAAGCGUUUGAUUGUUCCAGAGUUCAUGAAGAGAAAUCCCAUGUACUUCGUUUAGGCAGAAAAGUAAACACAGUUACUCUUUUGCCAAUAAGAACUAAAUUCAAAUAUGAUUAUUCUUUAUCAAUUUUAUAUUUUAUCACAUUUCUUGAACCAUAAUCGUAUAUUAUCAUAUGUUGAGGGGCAUACUCUACUGCAUUCAUUAGUAGCAUCGAAGUGAAGUGACAUCUUUAGUGGCUCAAACAGAAUAUGGAAAUUCUUUUAAAUUACUAAAGACAUAUUAUUGUAGCUACAAAUGGAACCAGUUUAGAGGAGCCCUUAUAUUGGGCAUAUUAUACAAUUUUAAAUAAUAAUAAUAAUAAAAUUAAUCAACUUUCUAUGCUGA